AUGAUUGCCCUUCUAGUCCGACUCUACCACUUCUGGUUGUUUUUGAUCCUAGAUAUUAUUGAUACUCUCUUGGAAAGUCAAAGUUUAAACGAAGUUUAUGAAUAUUGUUGUUGGUUUAAUAGUUGUAUAAUGAAUACUUGGCUGUUUAAAUGUGCUUUAUUACGUAGUUUUUGGUUAGGAAUAGCUCGACCAUUCACCUGGGCACUGGUUUGGCUAACUAAACGACUAGCUAAACCCGGAUUGAACAUUGGCUUGGUUUUAGAUGGAAACAGACGGUUUGCCCGAUUUAACAACCUCCCAUCAGCCACUGGUCAUUAUCUAGGCAGCCAGCAAGUCUAUCCCGUGGUCCAGCACUUGCAAGAGCUUAAGUGCAGCUCUGUGGCUCUUUAUGUCUGGUCCAAGAAGAACUUCAAUCGCACACCAGCCGAAGUUACAGCUGUCAUGGACAUCUGCCAUGCCAUGUUCCAAAAACUCACUGCCAAACAGAACGAUCCACUUGAAAGUUUAGCCCCGCAUUUGCAAAUAGUAGGUGAUCCUCGUCCUCUUCGUACAGACAUUAAAGAUAUUGUCCAGAAGAUCAACCAGCCAUCCGCCCAGCCAAAGUUCCUUUUCUUCCUCUUCUCCUACUCAGCCUUGGAAGAGUACGUGAACACUAAGUCUGAUGGCGUACCGCGCUCUAUUGAUAUUAUUAUUCGCACAAGUGGUGAACGCCGACUUAGUGAUUUCCUCUUAUGUUCGGCCGCCUCAACAGCCACUAUCUGUUUUGUGGCAACUAAAUGGCCGGUUUUUAGCAAAGUUCAUCUCCUACUUAUCUUACUUAAGCACCGACUAGAAGCCCACCUUCAAACUUCAUCCCAGGCCCACCCGACCUAUCCACUAACUGUUUCAGUUCGAAACAAAUGA